UGUAAUUGACAUUUAUUUUCAAAUAAUGGAUUGGAGUCUCCACCAGCGCUUCUAUUAAUAGCUGCAGAAGUGGACACAGUCCCUCCUCACGGUGAGGCAAAGAAAGAGAGAAGAAGAUGAUGGGGGACAAAGGAGAGAAAGAGUGUGCAACUGCAAGCUCUCCAAUAGAGUUGGGAUGUGGGGAAGGAGAUGAGAGUGGUAAUAAGAGCUCCAUGCGGACUGUAGAGACCUUGCUGAGACUGGUUCCAGUGGCUCUCUGCACAGUUUCACUUGUUGUGAUGCUCAAAAACUCUCAGACCAAUGACUUCGGCUCCCUCUCCUACUCUGACCUUGGAGCCUUCAGGUAUCUUGUGCAUGCUAAUGGAAUUUGUGCUGGCUACUCCCUUCUUUCAGCCAUCUUUACAGCUAUGCCUCGCCCUCCUACGAUGUCCCGAGCUUGGACUUUCUUCUUGCUCGAUCAGGUGUUGACAUACUUAAUACUGGCUGCUGGAGCUGUUUCAACUGAGGUGGUGUAUUUGGCCUACAAGGGCGAUGAAGCAGUCACAUGGAGUGAUGCAUGCAGCUCCUUUGGGGGCUUCUGCCAGAAGACCACUGCAUCCAUCUCCAUCACUUUUGUUACAGUCCUUUGCUAUGCUGUGCUUUCCCUCAUCUCCUCCUACAAACUCUUCAGCAAGUACGACGCCCCCAUCUACUUCAAUGGCAAAGGCAUCGAGAUAGCUGCAUUUCAUAGUUGAUCUCCAUCUUCCUUUGACUCCUCCUCCCUGUCUCUACCAGCUGCACACAUCGAAAACAAUAACUUCCUACCUGUAAUGCCUUCUUAGUCAUAUAUGAAGCAGCUUGUUGGCAACCCAUUGCAACCCAGACAGUUCCAUAUAUGUGAUAAAUCACUUGUUCCCAUAUCAUAUAUAUUAAACCAGUAAUUUAACAAAAAUACUUCA